UUAAUCUCCUAUGAUAUCAUAGCAGAUUCGAGCUAAGACAUCCAAAAAAUGGCACUCUCUAAUUUCAUUUCCAGCCCCAAACACAAAACCAUUCCCUCCCUCCCAACGUCCUUCCUCCCUCCCAAACCCUCAUCUCUGAGGCCUCACCGGAACCCUAAAACCAGAACAAAGAACAACAAUCUCUCAACCUCAAUCUCAUUAUCUUCAUCAUCCAUAAAAAUCGUUCGAAACCCAUCUCUAGACAAGCACGUAGUGAAGUCGAACAAGCUUCGAUUCGUCCAAAAGCUCAAAACCCUGCUCCUCUCAAAGCCCAAACAUUACAUCCCUCUCCACAUCCUCACCAAAUGUCGCUCCUACCUCUCUCUCCCACCCCCUCGCUCCCUCCUCUCCAUGAUCCACCGCUACCCCUCCAUUUUUCAGCUCUUCACCCUCCCAAAUCCUCCCACCUCCCUCUCCCGCUCAGACUCCCAACUCUGCGUCCGCCUCACCCCAGCCGCGGCCGCUCUCGCUACCCAAGAAUCCCACCUCAAGUCCUCCAUCUCCGCCACCUUGGCCAACAAGCUCCAGAAGCUCCUGAUGCUCUCUUCUCACCGUCGUCUCCUCCUUUACAAGCUUGCCCACCUGGGCCCAGACCUCGGCUUUCCUCCCAACUUCCGCUCCCGCCUCUGUAAUGAACAUCCUGACCGUUUCAAGACUGUUGACACCUCUUAUGGCCGAGCUCUUGAGCUUGUCUCCUGGAACUCGAAUCUUGCUGUUCCUAUCGCCUCCCCAGACACCCGGCCGCGUGAUUUGAUUGUGGACAGGCCGUUGAAGUUCAAGCAAUUGAGACUCAGAAAGGGGCUGAAUUUGAAGAAGCGGCACAGGGAGUUUUUGAUAAAGUUCGGCGAGUUACCGGAAGUUUCACCAUAUAGUACUCCUGUAGGGGUGUUGAUGCCGGAGUCGAUUGAGGCGGAGAAGAGGGCUUGUGCGGUGGUGAGAGAGGUGUUAGGAAUGACGGUUGAGAAACGGACACUGAUUGAUCAUUUGACUCAUUUUCGCAAGGAAUUUGGCCUGCCGAACAAGUUGAGGGCAAUGCUGGUGAGGCACCCGGAGUUGUUUUAUGUGAGCUUGAAGGGUCAGAGAGACUCUGUGUUCUUGGUGGAAGGGUAUGAUGAGAAGGGAGAGUUGUUGGAGAAGGAUGAGCUUUUAGUGACUAAGGAGAGAUUGAUGGAGCUGGUCAGGGAAGGCAAGAGGAUGAGGAGAGAGAGGAGGAAAGGUGGUGUUACUGUUAUUGAUGAUGAAGAUGAUAAUGAACAGUAUACUGAUAAUGAUGGUGAUGAUGAUGGAUUUGAUAAUUUGGUUGAGGAGGAAUGGGAAGAUUUUGGUAUAGAAGAUGGUGUUAAUGAUAGCAAUGGUGAGGUGUGGGAUGUUGAGGAAGGGAAAUUUUGGGUGGUUGCGGGUUCUUCAGCUGUUAAUGUAAAUGAUCAAGGGGGAGCAAGAUCAAUGGAGUCUUGGUAAGUUAAUCUUCAUUGAAAAUUCUAAUUAUGUUCUGUUAGUUUUGGUCAUUCAUGGCUUAUGCACAUAAUCAAGAUUGUACGGAAAAGUCAUGCAGUAGAUGAAGAUGAGCUAUUAUUGAAUACGGAGAGGUUGAUGAAGUUGGUUAGGGAAAGGCAAUAAGAUUUGGAGAGAGAGGAGGAAAGGUAAUGUUACUGUUAUUGUUUCUGGAGAAGAUAAUGAACACUGAUGAUGGGUUUGACAAUUUGUUUGAGGAAGAAUGGGAAGAUUUUGGUGUAGAAGAUGAUAAUGAUAACAAUGGUGAAUUGUGGGAUGUUAAAGGAAAUUUGGGACUGUUGAGGGUUCUUCAGUAGCGAGUUGACAACUGUUAUUGAUGAUGAUAAUCUUGAUGGUGCUACCGUUAUUGAUGAUGAAGAUGAUAAUUAUGGGUUUGAGAACCUGUUUGAGGGGGAAUGGGGAAGAUGAUGAUAAUGAUGACAAUGUAGCGCGUUGUGGGAUUCUGAAGAAGGGAAAGUUUUGGACUGUUUGAGGGUUUUUUGGCUGUUACUGUAAAUGAUGAAUGGGGAGGAAGGUCACUGGAGUCUUGGUAAGUAAAUCUUGGUGGAAACUAUCUUUCUUUCUGUUAGUUUUGGUCAUUCAUGGCUUUUGCACGUAAUCAAGAUUGCACAGAAAAAUCAUGCAGUUUGAUGAAGAAUUGUACCUAAUUCACAGUUUCAUUCUUUAAUCUCUUGAGAAGGAUUGUUUAUUCUAUACAGACAAAUUUACCCCAGAAAUGGGUUUGACAAUGCAGAUAGAUAAUUCAUGCUUCAUGAAAAGGCAUUUGUAAUUCCUGAACAGCACAUCAAGUCUACGAACUGCAGACCAGUGGUUACUUGUUAGGAUUAGUGAAUCGGAAACCUAUAAUUGUAUAGGCAUCAGAAGAGAAUAGGCCAGGCCAGGUUAUUAAGUCAUUGGGAAGAUUAUCUAAACAUGUCCUGUAGUACUGAAGCUGAUUGUGGGAGUAGUAAAAUGUUAAAAGGAAGAUACCCACUCGAAAAAUUUUGAAUUAAGGCUCCGUUCACUUUUCAGUAA